AUGCCGGCAGACAAAGGCAACGCCACAGUCGUCAUGUACAGGAAGGAUUACAAUAGCAAAAUCCAGGACCUCCUGCACACCUCAACGUACACCAAAAUAAACAAGGACCCUACACCUGGAAUUUCCAGAAUAACUAACCAGUUUAUCAAACAAGCUAACCUCUCGCUAGAAAUUUCCAAAUCCAUUACCUCGACAGAACCACAACCACCUAAACUUUAUGGACUACCAAAAAUCCACAAAGACAAUAUUCCUUUACGUCCUAUAGUCAGCGCCAUCAAUUCACCUACACACAAUCUAGCCAAAUACCUCUGUCGUGUUCUGCAACCGCUUACAGAGCACUGCCUCACCUCCACGUACUUCACUUACCAAGGUGAAUUCUACAGACAGGAAACAGGCGCAGCAAUGGGUUCACCCAUCUCACCAGUGGUGGCGGACAUUUUCAUGGUACACCUAGAAAAAACCAUUCUAGAGAAUGCUCCAGCCAAACCCACGGCCUGGUUCCGAUAUGUGGAUGACACUUUUGUAAUAUGGAGACAUGGUAGAGAGGCACUAAACAGUUUCCAUAACUUCAUUAAUUCGAUACACCCAUCUAUCAAGUUCACAGUCGAAAUAGAGAAGAACCAGCAAAUCCCUUUCCUGGAUGUCCUGGUAAACAGAAAACACGACGGCACUCUUGGACAUAAAGCAUACCGAAAACCUACUCACACAGACAGAUAUCUACAAGCUUCUUCACACCAUCAUCCAUCCCAAAAGGUAUCGGUCAUUUCUUCCUUAAUCACCAGAGCAGUCUCAAUUUCAGAACCAUCCUCCCUUCAACAAGAACUCACCAACGUAAAAACAGCUCUAAUCAAGAACGGCUACACUACACCUCAGAUCAACCGCACGAUGCGCAAAAUAAUCAAUACACCAGUUAACACAAAUACACAAUCCCCACCUUCACAAAACACCCUAACAUCUAUUGCGUUUUUACCCUAUCUACAGGGAAUAACAGACAGGAUUUCGCGGGUUCUCAAAAAAUAUAAUAUUAAAACGAUAUUCCAACCGGCUCAAAAGUCAGCUGUAGCCGAACACCAGAUUGAGACUGGCCACAAGAUCCUUUUCCAAGAUGUCAAAGUCCUGGCUAAGGAAAAAGCUUAUUUCCCCAGGGAAUACCGUGAAGCGGUAGAAAUCCGAAAAAACCCCGAACAACAUCAAUCGGGAUAA